GAAAGAGUGUCGAAAGAACGGAAUGAUUCAAUCGCCGCCGGUCGGCCCGAGUUCGUUCACCAUCCACCGUAGCGCCUCGCUCGUUUCUUCUUCAUCGCAUAUCGCACUACCAGUUUGCCCGUGAGACACGCGUUCUUGUUUAUAAGUCGAAGGUCGUACGUCGUACGGACGACGCUCGUCUACCCGCUCAUCGUGUCGGCGACCCCGAACACGAAUCAAACGUGUUGUCGUAUACGGAAUUUCAUGUUUUAGAAGAAAUUCCAAGUGACAAGAGCGAAUUUUGAGUACUUCGAACGAUGGGACAGGGUCAAAUUGGGUCCGAGGAAUCGGAGUUGAAGGGAAACGUUCUAGUAUGGAUCAACGGAAACCCUUAUACAGUUUCAGAAGAUAUACGACCGGAAACAUCCCUGAACAUUUUCAUACGAGAUCAUGCCGGAUUAAAAGGGACAAAGUCGAUGUGCCUGGAGGGCGGAUGCGGGGCUUGCAUCGUCAGUGCCGACAUUCAUGGUGAAAUAAUGGCCGUCAAUUCGUGCCUCGUUCCGAUAUUAAUUUGCAACGGAUGGAAAAUCAAAACGGUCGAGGGUAUUGGGAACAGAAAGAUUGGCUAUCAUAAAAUUCAAGCCGCUCUUGCCGAUAUGAACGGUUCGCAGUGUGGAUUCUGUUCACCCGGAAUGGUCAUGAAUAUGUACAGUUUGAUACAGCAGCACCAGGGUAAAGAAUUGUCGAUGAAGGAAAUUGAAAAUUCGUUCGGCAGCAACAUUUGUCGAUGCACCGGAUAUCGACCUAUUCUCGAUACUUUCAAAGGCUUCGCGAGCGACGCGAAUCCCGCAUUGUCCAAGAAAAUUAACGAUAUCGAGGAACUGUACAAACUCAAGACGUGUCCAAAAUCUGGGAAAGCAUGCACCGGCGACUGCUCGACUAAUGCUGCUGCUAUCGGCAAGCCCGAAAGAGUUUCGAUGCAUUUCGCGGAUGCACAAUUCCACAAACUCGUUUCUCUCGAAAACUUGUUCGCCAUUUUCGAGAAGCACCCGAAAGCUACUUACGUUCUCAACGGUGGCAAUACGGCUCAUGGCGUUUAUCGUUUGGUUAAACCGGAAAUUUACCUCGACGUAAAUGACAUUCCUGACCUACAUCGGGUCGUGAAGGAUAGUGACUCGUUAACCCUCGGUGGAAACGUGUCGCUGAGCAUCGCCAAGAAGACCUUUGAGGAAUUCUCCAAGGAGCCUGGAUUUGGAUACUUGAGCCACAUGGCUAAUCACAUAGAUCUGAUUGCGAGCGUUCCAGUUCGAAAUAUUGGAACUCUCGCUGGAAAUUUAAUGAUAAAACACCAGCAUCGUGAAUUUCCGUCGGACCUCUUUCUCAUUCUUGAAACAGCCGGAGCGCAAAUGCACGUUCUCGAAAGCCCUUCUAUAAAGAACAGCAUAAGCUUUCUAGAUUUUCUCAAUACCGAUAUGAAUCAUAAAAUUAUAUACAGCAUUGUUCUAUCGCCGAUGAGCGACGAUUACGUCUACCGCUCCUUCAAGAUCAUGCCCAGGUCUCAAAAUGCUCACGCUCAUGUCAAUGCCGGAUUUCGCUUCAAAUUAGACGGAGCCAACAAAAUUUUGGAAAAACCAAACAUCAUAUUCGGAGGAAUAGAUGAAAAUUUCUUUCACGCGACCGAGACGGAAGCUUUUCUCGAAGGAAAAAAUCUUCUGGACAAUAAAGUUUUGAAAGGCGCUCUCAAAACAUUGGAUUCCGAGCUGAAGCCCGACCAUCGCUUGCCCGAUUAUUCUCCGGAGUUUCGGAAAACUGUGGCUGUCGGACUCUUCUACAAGUUCGUACUGAGCAUAAAACCGGACAGCGCGGAGCCAAAGUUACGAAGCGGUGGUGAAAUGUUGGAGCGUGGCCUUUCGUCGGCGACUCACGAUUACGACACGGACAAAAAUAUGUGGCCGGUAAACGAGCCGGUACCGAAAAUGGAAUCGAUUUAUCAGACUUCGGGCGAAGGACAAUACGUAAACGACAUACCAACGAACCCCGAGGAUACGGUUCAUUGCGCAUUCGUUCAUUCGGAAUUUUCAAGCGGAAAAAUUGAGGGCGUCGAUGCCAGCGACGCAUUGGGAUUACCCGGAGUGAUAGCCUACUUCGGUGCUCAAGAUGUGACCGGUAAAAAUGUUUCGAUCGACGGCUCGAACAAGAUCAUGUUUCUCGACUCGGACGAGCGGUUGUUUGCAGAGAAAGAGAUCGAGUACGCUGGUCAACCGAUCGGUGUUGUAGUUGCCGAGACUCAGGCGCUCGCGAACGAGGCUGCGAAACUAGUCAAAGUCACGUAUUCGGAGACACUGAAGAAAAAAGCGAUCGUAACAAUUCAGGACGCUAUUGCUUCGGGUGAUAAAACCCGACUGUUCCAAACUGCACACAUGCCAGCGAAGCGAAAAGGAAACGAUGCGAAGCACGUUAUCAAGGGUACUCUCGAGGUAGGAUCUCAGUAUCACUUCACGAUGGAACCGCAGAGUUGCAUUUGCAUACCGACGGAAGACGGUAUUGACGUUUAUCCCGCUUCGCAGUGGCUCGAUUUGACUCAAGUUUCGAUAGCUUCUUGCCUCGGUGUUCCAAACAACAGCAUAAACGUCAACGUAAGGCGUUUGGGGGGUGGUUACGGCGCAAAGAUCUCGCGAUCGACUCAAGUAUCGUGCGCGUGCGCGCUUGUAUGCCACCUGUUGAGACGACCGGUUCGAUUCAUCAUGACGAUCGAGAGUAACAUGGCAACGGUGGGCAAACGUUACUCGAUGAAACAGGAUUACGAAGUCGGUAUUGACGACAACGGCCUCAUACAGUAUCUCAAUUCGAUGCAUUGGGGAAAUGCCGGCUGUUCUUUCAACGAGUUGCACGCCCCAUUUCUCAUUCAUCACUUUUACACUUGUUACGAUUCCGAAACAUGGAGCUGCGACGGAUUCGAAGCGAAGACCGAUAUACCCUCCAAUACCUUCUGCAGAGCACCCGCAUCUACGGAGGGAAUCGCAAUGGCGGAAAACAUAAUGGAACACAUAGCCCGAACGAUCGGAAAAGAUCCGUUGGAAGUGCGCAUAUUGAACAUGAAUUCAAUAGACAAGGAAGCUCUACUACCCAUGAUCGAAGAUAUGAAGAAAACUUCGGAUUACGAGGCUCGCAAGAGAGCGGUUGAAAUUUUCAACAGCGAAAAUCGUUGGAAAAAGAAGGGAAUAUCGUUCGUAGUGAUGAAGUAUCCUCUGAUGUACUGGGGACAAUUUCACGCAAUGGUUUCGAUAUUUGCACGCGAUGGUACUGUCUCGGUGGUUCACGGUGGUGUAGAAUGUGGUCAAGGAAUUCAUACAAAGGUUGCCCAAGUCGCCGCUCAUACUUUGGGGAUUGAUCUGCACAUGGUCUCCGUUAAACCGACCAAUAACAUGAUAACUCCGAACAAUUCGGUGACAGGGGGAAGUUUAACGAGCGAGUCAUGCGCUUAUGCAACGAUGAUGGCGUGCAAAGAAAUUUUGAAGCGACUCGAGCCGAUCAGAGCGAAAAUGGAAAAUGCCAGUUGGACGGAGUUGCUGAUGGCCGCUCAUGCGGCUGACGUGGAUUUGUGCGCCCGUUACAUGAUGGCGCCGGCAACGAAGGACCUCGAACUCAAGCCAUACCCGAUCUACGGCGUGACCGUAGCAGAAGUCGAGUUGGACCUGUUGACGGGUCAACAUAUCAUAAGAAGGGUCGACAUUAUGGAGGACGCGGGAAUUAGCCUCAACCCAGAAAUUGAUUUGGGACAGGUUGAAGGAGCUUUCAUAAUGGGCAUCGGUUACUGGACCAGCGAAGAAUUGAUCUACGACCUGGAUACCGGUGCUCUCACCAACACUAGAACUUGGAAUUAUAAACCUCCCGGAGCCAAGGACAUUCCGGUUGACCUAAGAGUUAGUUUUCGUCGAAACGCACCGAAUCCAACCGGUGUAUUACGCUCAAAAGCCACCGGAGAACCACCUCUGUGCAUGAGUUGUUCGAUUCCAAUAGCCAUGAGAAAUGCUCUUAAUGCUGCAAGAAUGGACGCCGGAAACAGCGAUGCGUGGUAUGAAUUGGGUGGGCCUGUUACAACGGAGAAAAUACUACUCAAGAGCCUCACCAACAAAGAUCUAAUGGUGCUAUAAGUGGAUUGACAUAUGCUAAGAUGAAUCGCCCGGUAAUCGCGUUAAACGCUGUACCGGGCAUGGGUCAUGAAUUUAAUUGUCAAUCGCACAGUUGCCGAUCGCAACAUAUUGAAAUAGAAAGAAAAAGUACGAAAUAUUGUAUAGCGAGAGGGUUAAAGGUUGGGUACACGGGGUAGGUUACAUUUUCAUAUAUAUCAAUAAAUUCGAUAAUCGACAUAUACACCCUGUUAUUCUGUACGCGUACCCUCUUCGAACCACAGUGUUUACACAUGCCCAUUGGAUAAAUAGAGCCUUUUUAUCGCGAGGCCCAUGCAUUGGCCGAGCGUAUAUACGACGACUGGGGUGUAUUGCUACACGACAAACAAUUAAACGAACAAUGCUGAAA